AUUGUUUCAUCAAGCAAUCUGAAUUCUGUAACAACACCUAAACGUAAAAGUGAAAUAGAGGACAGCAACAAAGUAUUUACUCAAAGUGCCAAAGCUAAACAGAUUCAGAGGCUGGCAGACACAGGACAGUUGUACAAAAAUGAGCCUGGCCUGACUGACGCUUCCACCAUGCCAGCAAAUCCAUCGAGACAGUCGUACGAUGACAGGACUGUCAUUAAUGCAAACACAAGGAGCAUAGCUGCACUAGCCGCCAAAAAGAGAUAUCAGGCCACCACAGUUAGUGGAGCCAAUGAAAGAUUUGGUGCACGCCCCCUGUACCGCCCCCAGCCUCAUAUAGACGAUAGUAACUUUGAUGAUUUUGGUAGUAUUCUGACUCCAAGUCGACUUGCGCAGCAUAACCGCAAUAUGGAGGACAGUUCAUUUGGGUUUGGAAUUGGUGAUGAUGCUUUAGAGAAAGUCAGUGUCUUUACUGAUCAGAGCUUGCCACCUCUACGAACUAUUGGGGGAAUCGGCAGUAGACAUAUUCUGGAGCAAGAAGAGGCUAGAAGAGCUGCUGUCCGUUAUAAUGGAAACAGUAACAGUAAUGGGAGCCACCUUGAGAAGUCACGAAAUCAAACGAGAACCACCUCCAAGCGACAGAGAAGUAAGCAAAGAAGGAAACUCUCCACUACUAAUGGUCUCAGACUCAAGGCCGACGAUGCUUCGACUGUGAGAUCUAUUACACCAAAUACUGUACACUCGGACAAGAACAAACGAAUCAGCAAUACCUCUAGCACACGCAAGAAUAAGAAAUCUUUUUCACAAGUUCCAGUAGCUGUUCACAAUUCAGACAAUUCAGGGGUCAGUACACCGCAGCGAGAGCAAAGAACUUCCAAAGUGUUACCAUCAAUCCCUCAGUACAGGAAAGGGGAUAUUACUGUAACAGGAACUGCCACAAAUGCCGCAAAAUACUAA